AAACGUGUCUCGACAGUGAUUUUGUGAAAAGCCCUUACAUGCUCUAAGAAUUGCUGUAGCUGGAAGGCGAUCUCACAGUCCAUACGACACAGCAAAUGCAAUUUUGCCAGCCGUCACGUGAAAGCAGUCACAAUGGAAUUUCUUCACUUUUUUUUUGAUUCCAUGACUCGAAGACGAAUCACUAAAACAUUCUUCAGCCAUGGAUUUGAAUGGAGACGACGAAACCUUUGAUUUCAAGAUCAAUGAGGAGUUUGCCAAGAAGUAUGAGCACAAUAAACAAAGAGAAGAACUUGGAAAACUCAAAGACAAGUACGGCGACGUAGCAGUAAAGGAUUUCGACGAGGACAGAUUAAGAAGAAUUGCUGAAAGAAAAGCAAAGUGGGGUAUCCGAGACGACAAAGACCAGAGUGCCGUGUUCUACGAUUCCGAAGAAGAGGAAUCGACUGACGAAGAGGAGGACGAAAAUGCCGAGCUGUUGACUCCUGAAGUGGACGCACAAAUUAUGAAGACCAUUGCAGCUAUUCGUACUAAGGAUCCCCAAGUGUAUGAUGCCAAGAAGGAAUUUUUCGUCGGCGAGGAAAUUGAGAAAGCUAAGAAAAACUGGGAAGAAAAGCAAAAGCAAACCGGCAAAAAGGUGACUCUCAAAGAUUACCACCGUGGAGUCUUGUUGGAAGAUGGCGGUAUCAUUGAUGAGGAUGAUGAAGAAUCCGCUCCCGCCCCCAAGACUCACGUCCAAGAGCAAGAAGAAAUGAAGAGUGAUUUCAAGAGAGCCAUCAUGGCAGAUGACGAAGAAGAAGAUGGCUUUUUUACUAUGAGGGACAAAACUUCCGACGAUUUAGCUGCUGAAGAAGAAGAUUACAAGAGAUUUCUUCUCGAGAGCAUGGCAGACAACAAGGCUGGAAAAGAUGCUUUUGCUGACUGGCAAAACUAUAGAGAAAACCCAAAUGUUGACAAGGAUGAAGCAUUUUUGAUUGACUACGUUUUGAACCGCGGAUGGGUCGAUAAAGAUGCCAACAAAAUUCCUUCAUACAAUGAAGUGGUCGACGAAGAAGCUGGCAGUGACGAGGAUGAAGAGUACUUGGACAAGGUUGACCGAUUUGAAAGUGCAUACAACUUCCGAUUCGAAGAAGAAGGUGGUACUCAACUGGUUUCUCAUGCCCGUGAUAUUGAUGGAUCCGUUCGUAAGAAGGAUAAUCGUCGUAAACUUCAGCGACAAGCCCGCUUGAGUAGAAAGGAUGAAGAAAAGUUGCAAAAGGAUGAAGAGCUCAAGCGACUGAAGAAUUUGAAGAUGAAGGAGAUCGAAGAGCGCCUGAAGAUGAUUCAGGACAUCACAGGAAACAGUGUUGCUGGAAUCGACAAAAUCGAUCUUACUGGCGAUUUCGAUGGAGAUGCUUACGACAACCAAAUGAAAACCAUUUUCGAUGACAGCUUCUACACUGGUGAUGACAAUGAAAAACCUGUAUGGGAUGAUGAUAUUGAUACCGGGUUGGAAGAAGCUGGAGAACCUGAUGGCCAGCAAGCUGAAGAAUACAAUGGCGAUGGCGCUGAAGACCACGAAUACCCCAUUAAUACAAACCAGGACGAAGAUGAUCUUAUGAUGGAUGCUGAUUAUUUGCCUGGCGGAGAAAAAUACGCCAUAGCAGAUGAAGGUUCAGGAAAGGGCAAGAAAUCCAAGAAGGACAAGAAGAAGGACAAGAAGAAGAAGGGCAAGAUGAUUGAAGAGGAGGUUAUUGCUAGUGUCUCCGAGCCCAUUGCAGAGUCCAAGAAGAGCACUAAGCGAGCCAUGGAGAAGUAUAUGGAGGAGUACUAUAACCUUAAUUACGAAGACAUGAUUGGCGAUCUGCCCACGCGUUUCAAGUAUCGUAAAGUGGAUGCCAACAACUUUGGUUUGUCGCCGGUUGAGAUUCUCCUUGCUGAUGACAAGGAUUUGAACCAAGUCGCUGGUCUCAAAGUACUUGCACCAUUCCGCCCAGCAGAGAAGCAAGCAAGCGACAAAGCUCGAUUCGAAAAGAGCAAGAAGUUCAAGUUGCGCGAAUUCCGAAAGAAGCUCAAAGACCGUCAAUGGCAGUAAAUCACCAUUCCCCCCAUCACUGCAUUUCUGUUAUUAUCUUUUUUCGUUAUUGGCUGCUUUCACAGCUUUGCAUUUAAAACCACUUGUACUAAACCAUAAUGCCAAAUACAAAUGUAACAUUCCUGUCCGUUAUUUUCUAUAGCUGAGUGUGCCUUG